UAUGUUCAGAAAAAUAUACACAAAUAUAUCUAUCACCCUCAUUAAAUAAUUGAGAGAAGCAUCAGGUAUAUUUGAAUAUGCUUAUGUCAGGCUCUCCUAUCAAUGAGUGUAAAAAAGCCUUAGAAUCAACAGAUGGUAAUUUUGAGAAGGCUAUUCAAUAUCUCAAAGAAAGAGGAUUGGCUUAAGCUGAGAAGAAAUUGGGCAAUUAAACUAAACAAGGAGUUAUUGUGGCUUAUACUAAUAAUAAAGUGGCUGCCCUUGCUGAAGUAUCCAUCAAUUUUCUAAUAAUUUAGAUAAAUUGCGAAACAGACUUUGUAGCCAGAACUAGUGAAUUUUUAGAAUUUUCGACAAAUUUUAUUAAAACAGUUAUUAAUUAAGAAAAAGAUUUCAAUAGUUCAAAUAUUGAUUCUGUUCUAAAGUAAAGCUAAAACCAAGCAUACUUUGAGACUAGCAUAGACGACAAGCGUAAAUAAUUAGUAGGUAAAUUGUAAGAAAAUAUUGUUAUUGGUAAUUUGAAUACAUUUGUUGCUACAAAAAAUAGUAUCAUAAUAUAUCUAUAUUUUAAGGUGUUUUUGGAAUUUAUCAACAUAAUUGCUUAAAAAAUACAAUCUGUGGUUUGGGAGGAAGUAUUGUUGAAUUAAUUACAGAAUAAGAAUUAAAUGAUGUCAAAUCAUAAAUCUUAAGAGAAGGAGCCAAUAAUUUGGCUGUCACUUAUUUGGGUUUGAAACCUAAAUUCCUAUAUGAACAAGAGGUAUCCUCAGAUGUAAUCGAUUAAAUAAGAAAAGAAGUCUAAAAGGAUUUUGGAUCAAAGACUCCUUAGUAGCAAAAUUUUAUUGUUUAGGGCAAACUUCAAAAUUAUUAUUCAGAUAAUGUAUUUGAGCACCAGGAAUAUAUCUUAAAUGAAGAUGAACCAUAGACUAUAAAAUAAUAUAUCAAAAAAGAGUUAGAAGAUCCCAUUAAGGAUAAAGUUAAAAUAGGUAGAUGUCUAUACUUAACAAUAUGAU